UUUGUAGUCUUUUUGAACCCAGAAAUAUCUAAAUAAAACAGCCCCUUUUUUGUAUUGCGAUUGUUCAAGAAAUUCCUGUAUAAAAACUAUUGUUUUGUCGCUUUCCAAAAGAUGGUUCAGUGGUUGAUCUUGCUAGUGCAAAGGCUAGAUCAACAAGGCACUUCAUUGUAUCCUAUGGGCAUUUCGGGUUACCCUUUUUGCAUACUAGAUUUGGACUGCAGAGAUGUUUCCGACACCCUCUUAUCCCUCCCGGUGAUGAUUUCAGGCACCAGAUUCUACAAAGGCAUAAAGUCAAUGCUGCAAAGUUCACAUCCACCAGAUGAAAAGCUUGAUGAUACAGAGAUAAUGGAUAAGCUGUUGGUGUUGCUACUGGCAGGGCAGACCUCCACUGCUGCAGCCAUGGUGUGGAGUGCUAAGUGCCUGGAUGAAAACAGAGAAGUAUGGGACAGGCUCAAGGAAGAGCAAAUUUCAAUAGCCAAAAAUAAGCCAGAAGGAAGCUCACUUACCCUUGAGGAUCUGCAUUAGAUGCCCUAUGCCUUAAAGGUUAUGAAAGAGACACUGAGAGUGGCUAAUGUCGUAUUGUGGUAUCCUCGUGUUGCAGUUAAUGACUGCACAAUUGAAGGCAAGUCUUGGAAGCUGAAAAAAAAAAAAGUUGUUUUCUUCAUUUGAGAAUGCCUGUCAUAAUUAAAAAUGUCUUUCUUUUGAUUUUUCUUUCUCAUGGACGUUCUGGUUUUUCAAUUUCAGGUUUUGAGAUAAAGAAAGGAUGGCAUGUAAACAUUGAUGCAACUUGCAUUCACUCGAUCUGAUCCAGAUGUGUACAAGGAUCCUCAGCUAUUCAACUCUUCAAGAUUUGAUGGAAUGAAAUAUGAUAUGCCAAACCCAUGAAUUGUUCAGCAGAGACUAACAUUGUAUUUUGUAACCAUGGUUCAUAUUUCAUAUCUGUUGGAAAUGCAGAAGCCAUACAGUUGGGGCAGGACCAAGUACAUGCUUAGGAAUAAACAGGGCAAGAGCAAUGAUGCUUGCGUUUUACCACCAUCUGACCAGUGGAUACAAGUCAUUCUUCUAUUCAUCUGAGAUCUGUUAGUAAACUGAACAAUCUAAA